CUAAAGUGAGAGUGUUCCCACAGAUACAGCAGACGCAGUUGCAACGACUGAUUUCACCAAGAAGCCACCGUUUAUUUGUCUAGAUGUAAGACUUAAUCUGUCUGGCAUGCUUGUGAACCACGCAAUCUGAGUGAUUUGAUGAACUCUGUCCCCCCCCCGGAGGUAUUUGAUCAAAUCUGUGAACCGGAAAGAGGUGGAAUUCUGCCCUGGGUUUGAAAGAGGAGUGUAGAGAUACAGUGUACGGUACUUGGGUCAGGGUCUAAAGACGGUCAGAAGGCCUACCAUAAUGGUCAACCUUGAGUCUCCCGUGUCUACGCUGAACUGCAUCGGUCGAUGCUAUAAAUGGACGCUGUAUGCCUUCAAUGUGCUCUUCAUGUUCAGUGGCAUAGCAGCCAUGGGUGUCGGGGUCUGGGGCAUUGUGGACAACACCAGCCAACGCAUUGUGGUGUUGACCAACUCUGAGAUGUACGUCAAUGCCUCCUUCUGCCUCAUCGCUGCGGGAUCAGCGGCCGUCUUUGUCUCCAUCUUGGGCUGCUGUGCGGUGCGCCUCGAGAGCAAAUGCCUCAUCUUCGCGUUUGCUGCAUUGAUGAUGCUGAUAUUUGUUACCGAGUUUGCUGGCGGAGUUUUAUCCUUGGCAUAUUACACACAGGUUAUAACGCUUGCCAACAUGGAGAUGAGAGAGGCUCUCGUCGAGAGGUAUGGACAGGGGACUCACUUUGAGACCACCGAUGCCUUUAACUACGUGCAGCUGAUGUUUGACUGCUGCGGCUUUGAAGGGACUGAUAUCGAGGCCGCCCAGCUGUACCAGAUUUCCAAGUGGUUCGAGAACAACCUGAUUCUGGUUCCACCGUCCUGCUGCACACGCGACGAAGAAGGGGAGCCAGUCAACCUGCAGGCAUGUCAGAACAUGUUCAACACCCACCUGUCGUACAUCAACAACAUCGGGUGCAGGGAUGCGGUCGCCGAAGAGGGUGGCAGAUUUGCUGUGGUCAUCGCGGGCACAGGCAUCGGGGUCUCCAUGUUGCAGAUCAUCGGGAUGAUCUUGGCGUUCUGUCUGUACCGGCGACUGUGAUCAGGCGGAGAAACGGCCCCAAGGAGAAGACCGCCAACAGUUGGCGUAAUUGAGCAAGGGCGUAAAGCUCUCUUAGGAGAAACCCGAAAGUGAAAUUUCCACUGGCUUAGACAUAUCAUCAUCCGAAAAGCGAGCAAGAAAGUUGGCAUGGCAUGUCCGCAGAUGUGCUGCAAGUUAUUGUAAGUUGUGCCGAAGUUUAACCCUAACACUCCUCAGUCUUCCAACAGGUGAAGGAUUGAGGAGGGUUAGGGUUACGGUACAUGUAUGUGGAUCAGACCAGAGUAAUCAGUCAGAUCUGUCCGUCAUUUGAAACGAGAUGAAUUCACCCGUGCAAAUUUCCUGACAUUUCUCCGCAAAUUUCCUGACAUUUCUCCGCAAAUUUCCUGACAUUUCUCCGCAAAUUUCCUGACAUUUCUCCGCAUUUUCCUUGUUGCGGGAAAUUUCCCAGAAUCGAGUCCCCGGUUUCCCCCUUUAUUUUUCACAUUGUUGUAGUCGAGCCCAUCACAAAGUCUUUCACAAGACCCAGUCAUAAGUGAUAAUGUCAACGGUGGAAAAGGAAAGCUUUUGUCAAUGUGGCUUUGAGCAGCUUGUGAAUUGGCUUAGGACUGAACGACUUGUGAUGGACUCUGUGAUGGACCCAACUACAACGCUGUUUUUUUUUUCAAAUUGGAAUUUGGAUGAAAUCCAAAUGAAAUUGGAAUGUCGUUCGGUAUGUUCUUGUAGCCUCACACGGGCAAACUUUGCAUGGUUUGGAUUGCUAGAUACCAGAUUGCUUCUGUAAUGUUACAGUACCGUAUUUUGCACCGUUUAAGCAUCUAUGCAAAAAGCACAUGGGGGGGGCGCGUCUUGACUUUGUCCCUGUUUGUCUGCAGUUCGAUGAGUUUAGUCCCCUGAACAUACAGACCUUUGGGCACAACGCCGCUCCAUUGUUGUGCAGUACAGAGAGACUAAAAUUGUGUACCGUUAGGUCCGAGGUUUGCAAUAUUUCUUUCACCCAGUUCCAAUGGUAAAACCUUCAGGGCUUGAUUAUGUAGCAGGAGAUGUAGCGGGACUCUGGGGCAAAGCAAGAUUUGGAAACAGGCCGGAGCAUUCAUUUUGCCCGCCAAAAAGACUGCAGUGUUUUUUUACUGGAGCCCCGUCUGUCCAAAGCCAUUGUAUUCUGUCAGUGUUUUCUCUGAAUUGUGCCAACACGCGCCAAAGUUCCCCUCCAAUUUAAUGCUGCUGGAGAGGUGCAUAUCACUGCUACGUGCAGUCCAACCAUAAACACCAGAGCGCUGACUCGUGUACAAAGUGAUGCCUGCAGGGCACAUCCGUGUUUGUGCCCAAACCUGUGGAAAACUCGAAAUCUUGUACGGCUUUUGUACGGCUUUUUCCAUGUGUCUACGUCUGUAUUCUGGAAAAACUAACAUACAAUCAGCAAAUGAGCGUUUCAUUUUGCUCUGCGUAAACAAUGCAAAUGUGUGCGCGUAUGCGCUGCAGAUAAUUUUGCCGUGACUUUUCAAAUCGGAUUUUAGCAGCACCCGAUGCGCGUUGCAUUUACAGUACAUUACUCGAUAUCGAUUCUAUCUGAUUUUGAAUGUUCCACAAGCAUGCACAUGGAUUCGAAAUGUCUACGCCCAGGACGGGGUCAAAUUUUCUCCGCACGGAGAAUGAGAAGUUUGUGCUCCAGUAAUUUGAUAUAGCUCAGUGAGCCCGACUGACUCCACCGAGUGCUUUCCGAUACGAAGUGCAAACUACCGUAGCCAAUUGUAUCUAUUUUGACCAGCUUGCCGUUGCAUGUGUUGACUAGUACCUAAAAUCUUGCAUGCUGUUCCCGACUUAGCUGUUGAGCCUCGUCCCUUUUUUUUUACACAUGUGCACAGCCACUGUCAGGGUUCUGUCUGUUGUUGGCGUCCAUUUUAUGAACAACCGUUUUCACCAAAAAAUGCUCCAACCAUGUACUUAAGUCACACAUGAACCACUUUAUGUCAGCUUUUGAGGAUGGAAAGUAUUUUACCUGUACGCUUGGCCAAAACCAAGUUUGCAAGGAGUUAUACAUGUACCACAUUGCCCCGUCAUUCCUGGCAGUCUUUCAAACCAAAAAAAUGUAGCUGUGAUUGUGGCUGUGCACAGUGCAAAAGCAGACUUGCGUAAAUAGUGAUAAGAAAUAUUUUUAGUCCUUAAAAUUGGGCCAUUCUUUUGUAAAUUUGGAUGAACUGCAUUGUACAAAGUUUGCGCAUCUUGUUUUUUUAGGCAUGUACACAUGUACUUACAUGUAAGUAAUGCUUGUUUUGGAGAUCUAGAUCACCUGUCCAUAUUGAUUUUGUGAAGAGAUUUAAAUUUUUUUAAUUUAAGUGAUUUUAAAGGAGAAAACCUGAAUGUGUAAAAGUUUUUU